GGACGCGCCGAGCGGGAGUAGUCUCCUCGCGACCGUCCGGAGAGGUGGUGCGUCCCGCGGCGCGGCACGAAUGACACCUGGCAGAAGCACGUAAUUCGGAGCGCGCUACCCUGAAUCCUGUGAUUCGAGCGCUGCGAUCCACCUCGGCUGGCUAGCGGUGCCUCCCCCGUCCGGUGCUCCCGUGUUCCGCACGGGGAUGUGUGUCUAGUGCACGACGAGAGAGAGAGCGCGCGAUCUUGUCCUCUUGACAACAGCUGCGGAGAGCAGGAGCAUUACGCACGUAAUUUAGAAAUUUCCACUCCAAAAUGGGCUGUUUAUCGCAAUGCGCCAAGUAUUUUCUCUGCUUCUUCAACUUUGUGUUUUUUAUCGCCGGAGGAGCGGCACUGACGGUCGGCAUCUGGCUUUUCGCCGACAGAAGCUCGUUCAUCAAUCUCAUUAGCAAACUCGAUCAAUCCGAAAUCUUGAACAAAACAGAUGCCGAUGUCAUCAGGAUGAUUUCUUACAUUCUUAUCGUAGCCGGCGCUCUCACAUUUAUUAUCAGUUUCCUUGGAUAUUGCGGUGCCAUGUUCGAGUCUAGAUGUCUUCUCUGUGUCUAUGGCAUUCUAAUUGUGCUGGUUUUAGUCCUGGAGUGCGUGGUAGUUGGCCUUGCUUUUGGACUUAAAGGAGAUGCCGAAAGGGGUAUGCAGAGUUUCUUGAAAUCAACCAUCAAGUAUUACGCAACUACCGCUGACAAAGCUGAGACAGUAACAGUUGCAUGGGAUGGUAUCAUGACUCAGCUUCAUUGUUGCGGCGCGGAGAGCUACCGAGACUUCAGCGAAAACACGAAUUUGACUGGAAAGAUGGUACCUGAGGCCUGCUGCAUAAAGGAGAAUGGUGUUCUGAAGGAUCCUUCGUGUCCGAUCAGUCCCACCGCGUCUAACUCGUAUUAUCAGACGGGUUGCUACAAGGCUAUAGUGAACGCUAUCGAAGAGAAUGCGGCGAUAGUGAUUGGCGUGGCCGCUGCUCUGGUCUUCAUCGAGCUCCUGGUUAUUAUUCUGGCGCUGUAUCUCGCUUGCUGUUACUGGCGUCCACAACAUGUUUAUCGAUGCGUAGAACCUCCCAGCAAGGAGUAACUUCGAGAGCAGAAUAUGCUAAGCUUUCUGCCGUGAAAAGAACGCAGUUCUUUUUCUUUUAAGGACUUCGCGAAUAUAUCUCGACUCUGUGUUUGUAUGCGUAUAUGUGAUAUACACGUACAAAACGUAUCUGUAUAUGUGUAUGUACGCACCUACACAAUGUAUGUAUAUGCAUAUAUGUGUGUAGGUAUGUAUACGCAUACGCACAUACAUGUAUCUUCGCGUUUUCCCACGCAAUGGCGACGCAAGUCGAUUUCAGUAGCCAUCGUGCCGCAUCCAGCUGCAUAAUCUGAAAAACACGAUGACGUAAUAAGAAUUUGAAAAUGGGUUGCGAAUCAGAAGCGAUUCACGGAGCACGUUUACUUUAGUAAUAAUUAACUAAAAAUCUCAAUCAGGCAGUCGAUCACGAUCGCUUUCGCUAUUCGAGCACUUUGACUGUUCGCCAUUGAUGUACAAAUUUCUAUGAAAAUUGCGUUGAGCGGAAAAACACACGCAACGUUUCGUGGUGUUGUUUGUUAACGUCGAAUCACCGUCAAGUUGAUUAUCGCAUGUGCCAAAUUAAACGAUCAACAUGUGCAUCAAAUCAAUCAUGACUACCCUAAAUAAACGUUGAGAAUUUUAUUCUGACGUUAUAUAAGAUGCCAUGAGCCAAACGUAUUUGCUUUCAUCGAGAUUCAAUUAUAUUGAAACUAUAUUGUGAUAUAAUGUCAUAGUUGAUCUUGAGAAUAUUCAUUAUUAUUGUAACGAGUAGCUCGUUCCAUUGACAUUCCUCAAUGCAUGUUGAAGAUAAUCCCUCUUUACCGUUCUGAAGAAACUAAA